AUGUGCAAAAGCUUCCAGAUCAUACCCAUGUUUACAAAACUCAACGAGGGAUUAAUCAGAGCGUUCCGGCCACGUCAUGUUCCCGAGGUACUCUACCGUGAUUGGUUGCCAUGCAUGUACGCGUGCCUUCGGGAGAGGAACUCAUCAAAGCCCAGUGAAACCCUCCUACUUGUGAUGAGGGCUUCAAUGCAUCUCCGUGACAACCAGGACAUGCCGAACAGACAGGGAGAUAUAAAGAAAAGGGAAACAGUACAGAUUCCGGACAGAUUACGCAUAUGUACAAGCGUACAUGCAUGGGAACCAAUGACGGUAGAGUACCUUGGGCUGCUGUGGGAACAUGACGACUCCGGAACGCUCUGA